AGUGGACCACUGUUCCGAGCGAUUUUUAAUUUUCGUCCGUCAGCCAAAGCUCGAACAAACAGCAAGUGCACCUGUUUCUCCGAGCUUACGCAUAUUUUCAUUGUUUUCGUAUUGCAACGUGUGUAUCCUCGUAAUACUCAUGUCUUUGGAACGUGCAGUUCGCGCUAAACUCGCUUCCAAGCGAGACCCCCAACAAGAAAAGGAAGCCCAGGAAUGGAUGGAAUCCAUUUUGGGAUAUAAAUUCCCCAAAGGAUUUCCGUUAGAAGAGUACAUCAAAGAUGGUCAAGUACUGUGCAAACUCAUCAACACUAUUAGCCCCGGAAGUGUACCCAAAUACAACACUACCGGUGGACAGUUCAAAAUGAUGGAAAACAUUAACCUUUUCCAGAAGGCCAUCAAGGCGUACGGAGUCGCCGACAUUGACGUUUUUCAGACGGUCGAUUUAUGGGAGUGCAAGGACUUCUCCCAAGUCAUAAUGACGUUGUUCGCUCUGGGACGCGAGACGUACAGACACCCGGAAUGGAAAGGACCUUACUUGGGACCAAAACCUUCCGAUGAAGCUAAGCGUGAUUUCUCCGAGGAAACACUGAAGGCUGGUCAAACCAUCAUCGGGUUGCAGGCCGGACAAAACAAGGGCGCCACGCAAGCGGGUCAAAACAUUGGCGCUGGCAGGAAGAUUAUCAUCGGCAAAUAAUUACACCGCACGAGUACCAUAUAUAUAUUAUAAUAAUAAUUUUUAUAAUAUAUUAUGUUUUAUACACACAUUUAUAAAUAGAGUAUAAUGCGUUGCGAUUUUUUAUCUGAAAGUCGAGUUUUCAGUCGCGGUGUGUGGUGUCGUUACAAGCGGUUAUUAUACAUAUUAAUAUUGUCAUUAUGGUGUGUGUGUGUCAUAUUGUCGUAAUUAUUAUUAAAAUAAUAUUAUAUGAGCGGUAUGCAUGUAAAUGGUUUUAAAAUAACGCGCGAAUUAUGUCUCAUUAUACAUUAUCUAUAUUGUUUCCAAGCGGCAUUAUUAUUAAAUAUCCUACUUGUUUUUUUUUCGAUAACCGUUUUUUACCUAUAUAUAUAUAUUAUAUUUAUUUUGAAUUAAAAAAAAAUAUAUAUACAAUAAAAUAAAAGACGAUCAAUAUAGA